GCCAAACUCGGCAUCUCAGCGGGUUCGACGCUCAGUCGUCAAUCUUUGUUCAAUUCUUCCAUUCUCGGUCAAUCAAUGGCCGCCAUUGCAGGUACAUCCACUCCGACCACCGCCCAGUCACGCGCCGAGAUCAACCUCGUGCGAUUGCUGCACCGAUGCGAGGCCAUGGCCAGCGGUGACCGCGAGCAGCUUCGGACGCAGGGCUCCCAGCUCUACCGCUUUGAAGAGUAUGUGCGCGAACUCUGGAAGAUGCUCGAGGAGCUCAGUGGACAGCAAGUCGAGUCGUCAUCGCUUGCCAGCGUGUCAUCCAAAAAGACCACCCCAAGCGCAGUCGCCGCUGGGAAAAGCGCACGGAGCUUGUUGCUCAAUAACAGCGAUAACGUAUUUGCUGGAUAUGCAAGACGCAUUGACCAACUGCAAGCUCUCACACAGCCCGAUAACGCUGAUCGGAUUGCAUUGGCACCAGCGCCGUCCAACUACCCCACCGUGCGUACAGAUGGCGGAUCCAGCCUACUAGCAACCCCGACGACCUCCGAGAUUUCAAGUGCUACGGCUCCAGCAUUACUUGGGUUUGUUCGUAAAAGCCCUGGAGCAAUACAACCACCUACAGACAAUAACGCAUCCAAGGUGGAUGCUGUCGAUGUGCUGCUGCAGCACCACCGGCAAGUGCAAGACCAGCUCACCGACGAAAUGCUGGUGAUGGCCGCCUCGCUCAAGCAACAAGCCCGCGCUGCACUCGGCAUUGUGCAAAAGGAUAAUCUCGCAUUGGACGCCACUGAGGCCAUAGCAAAUCGUAGCUUGAGUAAACUCAAGGUCGAGAAUGCUCGGCUUUCCGAGCAAAUCAAACGCACCAAAUGGGGUUCGUGUUGGAUCUGGCUAGCGUUGAUUGGUAUUAUUGUCGUGUUCACGUGGAUGGUUAUAUUUAUCAAGAUUGUGCCCAAGCCCAAGUCUUCUGCGCCCGUGGAUGAUGGCUUUUAAUCCCUAAUACAGUACAAAUACAAAUACAGC